GAGCAUCUUCAAGCCAAGGAUCAAUUAGAAGGUUACGGUGUGAUCUCGUUCAAGAACGAAGAAAAAGAAGUAGAAAAUAUGCCAAUCGAACCAUUGAAACUAGAUACACAGUGCCAUUUAUGUUCCACACAAAAUCAACAUGAAGACUUAAUAGUCGGAUAUCAUCGCAACGAAAAACAUUUUACCGACCCCGAAAAAUUUAUCAAUGACGGCAGUGGUGAAGAGGGUACCUUCAAAAACGUGUUUUAUCCAUGGGGUGGUGGACUACUCAUUUGUCCUGCGAAAAAUAUCGGUCUUGUUGAUGUGAAAAUGUUAAUGUGGAUAACCAUGAUUCUAUUGCGGGCCACUUAA